GUUGGCUGCGUCGUGAAUAACAAAAAUAACCGUCAGUUUGUCUCGGAAAAUGGAUUUGGAUAUCUUUGGGCGGGAUGUCUCGUGGACAACGGAGGACAAAGUCCAGCUGUGGCAGAAGCUCACGAAGCUCCAUGACAGAGGACUCACCGUGGAGCAUCAUGAGCAGAUGCUCGAGGAAUGGUUCUUCCAUGAAAAUAUCCAGAAGUUGCAUGAGGAUCUUAUUGAGAAGCGCCAGGAACUCUUUAGGAUCUGGAGGACUGGAGAUCUUAGGCAUCACAGCGUCCUCAAGAGGCUUCCGCCCAAAAUGCAGCACAUUGAACACCGGGAACUGGAGUUUAUUGUGAGGAUGAUGAAGGCUGCAGUUCUGGACCUCAAGUAUCACAAGAAUCUCGUGCAGAGUCGCACGAUUCAGCUUGAAAAAAGUCUUCCGGGACUGGAGAUGGAGCUGAAGAGGUUAGAGGGGUUCAAGGACAAGAAUCCUAAGAUGAAUGUUAGGGGAAAGAGGUCUUACGUGGAGUUUCAGGAUGCUUCCACAAUUUUCAAAGCUGCUCAGUACGUCAAUGCUUCGUACAAGAAGAUCAUUGAUUUCCUCCUGGAAGAUACCCUAAAGUCCAAAUUAGAGCUCCAGUAUGUCCAGCAGGACCAAAAAAUGCUGAAGAGUCUCACAGCUGAGACAGAGACCUUCCAUAGGAAGUGCCUUGGGCGUCUGGCUUUCUUCAGUGGGCAGUUCCAGCAUCGCUAUAGGAAGCUGCAACUGAAUCUGGAGAGUCACUUGCAGAGGUACUUUGAGAUGCAAGAGCAGCAUGAGGAGAUGCAGCGAAAAAUGGAGCAGGAGAUCGAAUCUGGCCAGAAGUUGCCUCUGGCCCAGCGGGAGAGUCAUGAGACAAUUGGCGAUCUCAAGAUUCGUGUGGAGGAAGUGGAGCAAGAGAUAAGAUCACUGCAGAGUGCAACGCGAUGCUUGGAACUUGGAGGCAUUGAAGCCAGAGUGAAAAAGCAACUUCCGGAUGCAGAGCAGUUCAUGGCCGAUGCUGAGAGACUCCGGGAAGCUCGUGUGUCACUCAUUGAGAAGCGGAAGGAAAUUGAGCUGCAACAUGACAGAUAUUUGCAGACAACUGAGCAGGAGUAUCGAAUACGUGAUCAGAAGAUUACUGAUCUCAAGUUGAAGAUUGCUGCACAAAGAGAUCGGCAGAUGAAGUACUGCAGAGAGAUUCAAGAGCGUUCUCAGCAGAGAAUUCAGCUGAUCGCUUCCCUCGAAACUCUAAAGUUCUCCUUGAGAAAUAUAAAUCAUAGCCCAGAAGAUCAGGAACUAGCUCCUGAUUGGUCAAUCUUUGGAAAGAGAGAUGAUCUUAAGCUGGAAAAUCAUGAAGAAGCCCUAAAAAUCCUCAGUGACGCCCACAAUCGAUGCGAAAUUCUUGUGAAUAAAUUCAACUUUAAUCUUCCCAAAGACCAAGUUGCUGUCUAUGAACAUUGUCAGCAGGAUAGAGUCCUGCAAAAGAUCUCCCCGAGGCAGGAUAUCAAGAAACUCACUUCUAUCCUGCAGGAAGCUGAAAAGAACUUUGCAGAAACUCUGGACAACGUGAGCUUAGACACGUCCGAUGUUCCAACGAGGAAGGACAUCAAGAGAAUGAGCCGCUUAAUUGUGUCAAUGAACAAGAUGGGGAAGGAUUAAUUGUUGUCUUCUCAAAGCUCUCCGGCAGGUUGAUUUUCACAUCCGGCGCGCAGAUCAUCUUCACUGAAUGAGAUUG